CUCGGUCGGUCGCCAAUUGAGAAAACCUACAUUGAACUACACGUGCGUUCUGGCCUCCAGCGUUAGUCAUUCAUUAAUUUCACGCGAGAGCAACAACAAACCUCCCCUAUCGCCGGGAAGGUGAGCAUGCGCUUUUUCCAUCCCGGAAUAACUAACCGGCAGCUGGAUACCGUGUGGUGUGUAUGCCAGUUGCCAGAACUCCAGAACUUUUGGCGCGCGAUUUGGAACGGCGAUGUCGACGACGGAUCAUCACCGCACCACGGCCGUCGUUCACUUCGCGAGAUAUCACCAGUCACCGUGAAGCGCACCAACGGGAAGGAUGCUGACUGACUGACUGCCGCGGAUUACAUCUCAGUUUCGAUUCAUCGGAGUCGUUGUUGAAUGCUAGACGGUUGAGCUUGGAUCUCCUCCGGAUUCAGUCUGCAUCUUGACGCGACGCGAAACGGACGCGAUUUCGGGAAGAUUGCUCCUUUGGGGGUCCUUUGUCCGCGGAGUGGAACCCUUGCGGCCUGUUAGUGGAAGACUAGUUUGGGUUGGAUCUUGUGCUGUUGCAGCUGUUUGUGAGACGCAACCCGUAUUUGGAGAUUGAUGGCUUAAUCCGAUACGAUUAUUGUGUGACCAUGUGGCCGGGUGUUUUUGCCGUUGUUGGGGCUAUUGUCGGGGGAUUUGCGAUGUAAAGAUAAUUGCGCGCUCGUUUCAUCGUACGCCGCCGUGUUUUGUCGUAGUCGUCGCAGUCGUCGUCGCCUGGGAUGGAUGAAGACGGGGUCACAAUCACAGAUGACCCUUAAUCUGGAGUGAUUGGGGGCGCUCUAUUGUGGAGUGAUUUAGCUUGUGCGCUUGUUGAAAGUGCCCAGAUAGUUUUGUCGCAGGGGAUUUUGCGGUAACACACAAACGGCGGCAGGGGUGUUUAUCGCGUGCCGGGUGCUCGUAGAAGGAAAGCGAGGAAGAAGUAUGUGAUUACAUGUAAAUGAUAUAACGUGCCGGCGAUACCGUUGCAGAGCUUCCUCGACGUAAUUGUAGUGCGUUUGAUGUGGUCUGUCAGGAGAUUAUCAACGAAUCGUAGCAAUUGAAGAAUUAUAGUUUUAAUUGUGAGAAACCAAAGGAGAAUUCCGGGAGCAAAAGAAGAAAUACAAUUACAACUGCAAAUACAUGUGAUUUGUGUAUAUGUAUCGAUUUAGAAGUGAUAGUGUAUUUAGCGUAGAGUAGAAAGAAAAUUAGAUAAAAAUGUUUAUGUGGAUUAGGUAAAGUUCAUAACUCAAAAAAGUAUUGAAUCAGGAUCAACUAACUUUUACAAAUCGGAAAACUGUUUCCGGAAAUUAACAACCAAUAUAGCAGCAACCAACAUGUAAGGAAGUCAACCCGAUUAUUGUACCGGAUGCAUAAUUAACAAUAAAAUCAUUUAUUAAAUCGAUCAAACAAAAUUGCAAAAAAAAAAGUGCGGUCCACCCAUAUCGCAGCAAUUUCCGAACAGGUGAAAAUUGAUACUCAACGAAUAAUUGUCACAACGAUCGUCGUCCGUCGGUUAACAGGAAAGUGAUGGUUUCGUCGAUGGAUUGGUGGUGCAAUCAACCGUGCAGAAAUCGCCGAAACGUGACGACGACGGCGAUGGUGUCAGUGAGCCGAUUGUGAAUAAUUAAAUUACAAAGUUUUUUUUUUCCGGCGAUCCUGUAAUUGGGAUUGUGGUGUUACCAGUUUGCGAAUGGAGGCGUAGCGGAAUUGAUACCGCUGAUCAAUGGAUUGAGUUUCGGGGGACCAAAAGCGAUUGAAAGCAAUGUUCUAUAAAUAGAUUAACAAAAAGUGUGAAUCUGUGAAUUGAAAAGGUGAGCUGAAUAAAAAAAGGCGGAGGACGAGUUUUCCCGUGAACUUUGCAACAAUUCGGGCUGAUGUCAUGAUCUCAGCAAACUGAUAGUUUUGGAGAUUCUCUACCCACUGCACCAUCCAGCAUCAUCACCAUGGCAAGAGCGACGCUAUCAGCACAACCAUUCUCACAAUUAUUCCUCUUCGCACUGUUCUCCAUCCUGAGUGUGGGCGACGCCCAGGAGGCUAACAGUGUUCAAUCCCCAUCUAACUAUCAUCAGAAAGUCAACUUCAACCGUCCGCCGGGUCCCUGGUGGACAUCGAGGCCACCGAACCAUUUCACCUCCGUCGACGAGAAUGGCUUCGGAUGGGCGAAUCGAACCACGCUUUAUCCUAGAACAACAAACUCGUUAAGUUCAGUAGCAGAAGCAGCGCUAGCAGCAUCCUCAGCCAUCGUCGGUUUGGCGUUGAAAAACAUAUCAUCGACCACGACCGGUUCCAGCUCAAGGGUUGAAUCCUCCGCUGGCCCUAGGCAGACGCUAGUCGUGGUGAAGCGCGAUGUAAUUAAAGUGCAAGAAUCUCCAUUAUUAUUAUCAUUAUCAUCGCCAUCGUCGUCGUCACCGUUGAAGUCGUUGUCAGCUUCGACGAUGAGCGUGAGAAUGGACCGGUCGUUAUCGGACCCCCUAGAACCGGUUGGAAGUUCCGAUGACGAGGGAAGGCCAUCGAUGGCGACGUCAAAUUUUAAUGGCGCAAUUUGUCGUGAGGGGGUCGCGGGUAUGGCAGAAGCGGAGCCUGGAGGAUGGUCCGGAAGCUGCACGAACAACAACGGUUCUAAAUCAGCCAUCAGCGAGACGAAUCAGACCGCCUUCGUUACGCCGUACUACACCAUCGUCAACCUGGACAACCACAACGACGUUCUGUGCGACGAGGAGUACGAUACCGAGGAGUACAACGAGAACUGCUUCAUCGAUCACAAUGUGACCUGCGUGGGUGACCCGCUGUACUGCAAUCUGACGUACGAGGAGUACCGGCAGCUGUUGAUGGACUACAUCUACCCGUCGACGGCCGAGUGGAUCCUGAUUGCAUCUCACUCGGUUGUGUUUAUAAUGGGGCUGGUCGGCAACGCGCUGGUCUGCAUCGCGGUCUACACCAACCACUCGAUGCGCACCGUGACCAACAUCUUCAUCGUCAACCUGGCAGUGGCGGACUUUUUCGUGAUCCUGUUCUGUCUGCCGCCGACCGUCGUCUGGGACGUGACCGAAACAUGGUUCAUGGGCAAAGCCAUGUGCAAGGUCGUCAUCUACUUUCAGACGGUUUCGGUGACGGUGUCGGUCCUGACGCUGACAUACAUCUCGAUCGAUCGGUGGUACGCGAUUUGCUUCCCCCUGCGGUACAAACCUCGGCCGGAACGUGCCUGGCGGUUCAUUGCCGUUAUCUGGUUGAUUGGCUUCCUAUCAGACCUUCCCGAGUUCCUAGUGUUGACAACGCGGCGGAAAAAACUACGCUUCGACAUCAAGCUCUUCACCCAGUGUGUGUCCACUUGGGACAACGAGAAGGAGAAAACCUUCUACAUCGUCAAGUUCGUGUUUCUUUACUCAUUACCGCUUCUGUUUAUGACGAUAGCAUACUUCCAAAUCGUACGAGUUCUGUGGCGAUCCGACACCAUCCCGGGCCACCGGGAAUCCCGGACUCAGCCCUACGGCAUUCACAGCACCCGGACGACGCUAAACUGCGUGGGCAAUACCAGUACCAUGGGUCAGCUGCGAGCCCGCCGGAAAGCGGCCAAGAUGCUGGUGGCGGUGGUCGUCAUGUUCGCCAGCUGUUACUUCCCGGUGCACAUGCUGAAUGUGGCCAGAUACACAUUCGACAUCGGCCAGAGCGAUGUGGUUGCAGUGCUGUCGCUGUUCUCCCACUGGCUUUGCUACGCCAACAGCGCCGUCAAUCCUGUGAUUUAUAAUUUUAUGAGUGGUAAAUUCCGACGGGAGUUCAAAAACGCGCUGGAAAAGUGCCACUGCCUGCGGAACCCGCGGGGCCUGGGCGGCCGGGUCGGUGGCUACGAUGACCGUUCGAUGUACCACACGGCCACCCGUAUGAACGCCAGCCCCAGCAGUCGGAGCAACUACCACCUGACCAGUGUAAGAAACAUUAGCAUUAAGCACACGCAGCAAACAUCCUUCAACAACGGCAGCCGCCAUCACCACCACGCCCGGAACAGCAUCAAUCACCCGGGCAGCUUGACCGGGGCACCGCAGAUCUCACCGGUGUCGUUCGAGGAGCGACUGGCCCUCACCAAGAACAUGGACGGCGUCGGCGGUGACCCCAGUGGAGGUGGAACCGGGGCUGGCAGUGCUGCCAGUCGCAUCGAAGCCACCAGCGGUCAUGCUGGCGCCCAGAACAACAGCCAUCAUCAUCAUCCCCAUCUUGGUAACGGAUCGGCCCCGGAUGCCUCUGCGGCGACCACCGGAACCCCCGCGACGGCGAACGGCUCUGGCUCUGGCUCCGGCUCCGGCGGUGGCGGCUCCAUGCUAAUGAUUGUGAAUAAAUCGAGCAAUUGUAAGAUUAAUGGUACUUGACGCGCAAAGCUGCACGUUUCCUGGCGAAAGAAUCGCAACUCGAGCGGCAACAACGACGACGGCGGCGAGCGACUCGGCAUGUCGAGGGGGGUAGGAAUGCAGUUAAAUUAAUGGGUUGAACCAGCAACACCGUUGCACAUUAUUGCGGGCAGCCAGCAGAGGAGUAAUUAAAAGAAACACCAUAGUAUUGCAACGAUGGGCAGUGGGUUAUGAGAGUAAUCCGCGCUGAGCAGUGCCAUGGGGGUUGGCAAAGGUGUGGGUGGUCGGCCUGCCGUGGCUUGCGUGGGUGAGAAAUGCAUCGUUUAAUGGGUUUCCGUAUCGCGCGGGUUAAGAUUGAUCGUUGGCCGAUUCAAUGGGUGUUGGAUUGAUAAAUGGAUUGGCGAUUAAGGUUGCACAUAUAUCCUCCUGAGUUUUCCAUGCAUGUCAGAUGUAAAGAAAUCAAUCCAUUGUAUUGUAUUUGAUUUUUGAAGCA